GCUGUGGAGUUUUCGAUAGGCCAGUACCAGCAUCACGUUAUGUGUGACGUGGUUUAAAUUUUAAAUUUCCCCAGCAGGAUCAUUCUUGGUCAACCAUGGUUCAGGAAACGUCAAGUUUGUUUUGAAAGCCGACGGAGCAAGAAGUUUCGAAUUCAGAGACAAAACCAAGUAUUCGUCAUGACCCUGUUGGCUCCAAAAGAAGCUGCCAAUGAUUUGCAGGAGCUACAACGACUCCAGGAGGAGUAUCAGAAGGAUAUACGAGAGAAACCAUAGCCAUGGAAGGUCGAUCAAGCAAAGACCCAGCCAGAGCAAGACAACCCCUGUUUUUCACCGCAAAAAACAGAGCAUCGACACCAGAUUUACUGCCAACAAAGAGGAAGGGAAGUCGAAGCCUGAAGCGACCGGAGACGCGUCGGUGGAGGUGGAAGGAAGGAUAGAGAAGCGAAAAGACGCCCCGGAGCAGGGUGCCGAUGGAUGAAUCGUCUCGAUGGCGAGCAUAGCAAAGUUCCAAUCCGCCCCGACGAAACAAGGCAAGAGAGAGACUGAAUGGGGGGAAGCACUCCAGACCAUUUCGAUGGAGACCAACAACGUUGACACAUUCGUUGAGAAGACGGAAAUGUGUAUUGACAGUAUUAGGUUUUUACCUUUCUAGUUCUAUUAGGUUUGUAUUAGGUCUUUAUUGUCUUUAAAUAGCUUUCAAUUUCAAGUUGUAAAGGACCCAAGUUUUAGUUGAAUGAAAAAAUUACUCCUACAUGAGUUUUGAGUUCUUUGAGUUGUGUCUCAAGAAUCAAAUCCUUGAGUUAGUUUUGUGUGGAUUCCAUUACUAAUUCGAGAACCCUUGUCAAGCUUUUCUGUGAGGAUCCCAGAUUCGUUUAACAAGUUUCUUAUCAAUCAAGUAAAUAUCUUGAUUUUGG